AUGAAGUGGCACCCCGAAGACGAAAUCCGUCUUUUCGCUCACACACUCGAAGUGCACGCUAUUAAACCUAACCUAUCUGCCUUAGCUGCUCGCAUGGGACCUGGUAAGCUGAAUCUCAUCCAAACAUCACCCAACGAUGAUAUGUUGACAUCUAUCAAUGAAGAUGUGACUGCGAAAGCCUUGUCGCAUCGAUUCGCUCUAAUCCGCUCACGUAUCGCUACUAACUCUACCAACGACCCCAAUCACAUGCUCGUAUCUGCUACUCCUGAGAACGUGGCAUUCAGUGCAGCCAACAGCACCGCUACUAAGCACAACGACACUACGAACAUUCUUGCUUCCCAUACUACGAAGCGUAAACGCAAAGCAAAGGAUGAUAACUCGCUCCAUGACUCUUCUGACGCCGCUACUGAUCUUACUCGCCACCAAAGCAAGAAACGCAAGAUUACGGGUGAGGACCUCACCAGAGCUUUCUGUGUGUUAGCUGACAGUUCUACAGUCAAGAAAGAAGAUGAUGACAGCGCAAUGAAGGAUGUAGACGAACACGACAGCAAGGAUGAGGACACCGAUGUGACUGUGUUCAAUUUGUAA